GUUCUUUGCGUUGUGUUUCUGUGUGUCUGCCCGGAUGACGAGGGACGCUCCUGCGGCGACGACAAGGAAAGAAGUGCAUUCUCACACCCCUCGGAGCUGAACCGCCGAGGAGCGAUCCCACUUUCGGCGCAGACAAUUAAGACGUGUGAUGUAUCGCUGCUGGGAAAAGAUACAACAGCAGCACCAACCACCAGAAAUAGAGUUAGGCUUCAUUCAGUCCAGAGCCCGACGCGAGCACCGCUCUUCGUGGCGUUCGCUUUGGGUGCGUCUGGGGCUCUCUGGGGUGUCGUACAGGGCAAGGAGGACACCUCCAGCACCAAGACAGCACCGUUGCUAUGGAGCAGACGGGCGGCCGUGGCAGAUCGUCUCCAUCGGUGUCCCUCGGCCGGCCCUCGGCCUUUCUCGUGCACCACCCCUGCCACGCAAACGGCGCUGGCUACGGCGGCAGGGACCCGCCACUGCCGCGCGUUCUCCGUCCCUCCGUCCCGCACGCACAGUCGUGGACGGCGUCGUCUGCGAUGGCAGCUGCGGGGCCGUCGCCGCGACUCGCUGAGGACGUCUCACGACUCCCGCUGGACUUGCUAGAGCCCGUUGCGGCACGCUGGGCCUCUACGGCGGGUCGUGGCAGCCGCACCGCCCCACGCGUGCGCAGCACCCUCGGCCCGCAGAGCGACGUUGUGGACACCGGCGUCUUCGUCUGCCCCGACACUGUCGUCGCCGCCCUCUGCCCCACCACCGGGUGUCGAGAGGGUUUAGUGGUGACGGCGGAAUGUGGGGGAUGGCUGCGAGUGCGGGAGCAACGGACGGGCGUGAUUCGACAUCAACAACAGCUGCGGGACGGCAAUGAGACGUCGUGCCUCACUUGGGCCUCGCCGUUCGCCGCGGCUGCUGGUGCACUCGAUGGAGAAGAUGCGAGGGCGCUGCAGACGGUGGUUGUGGUGGGCCAGCUGAGCGGCCUCAUCGGCUGUUACGCGUUGGUGGGCGAGUCGUUGGUGGAGCUGACGGCGGCUACGUGCGUGUUGCACGAGGCACCGAUUAUUGCCUGUGUGCCACUUCGCCCCUCCGCCACCGCUGCCGCUUCUUUCCAUGCGGUCUCGGCGAUCUUAGGGCCGGAUCAAAACUGCCUGUUAUCGUUGGACACGGACGGCGUGGUGGCACUGUGGUCGCUAGACGUGGGUGAGGCCCCAGGAGGUAGCGCGGUCGCACUCGCGGUGCAGCUGCUGCACUGCUGCGAUGCGUCAUCGUCGACGGAGUCGUGGUCGCGCCGAAUGGCCAAAGGAGGAGAGGUGGAGGCGGAGGCGCACGCAGCGGCAGCUGCUCCGCCGGUGGUGGUGUCCGCUGCGUCACUCGGGCCGGCCUCGUUCGGUGCUGUAUUCACCACCCAUCUUUUCGUAGAGCCCUCGACGGCCCUUCCUGAAGAGGACGGCAUUGCCGAUGACAACGACGCUGCGGAGAGCGAGUAUGAUGGCGUGUCCGACGCGUUGGUGUACCUCACGGACUUUGUUUUGUGUGAGGAGGACGAUGGGAGGGCCGCGCGGCACGAUUUCGACGGCACCACCCUGGCGAUGCCGCCCUAUCACUCCGACACCACUGCGUCCGCGUCCACCGACGGCGCGGCUGCUUCUGAUUCUGCUGCCCCUCAGCUGCCUCGUCCGAGUUCAGUGCUGCUACCACCACGGUAUCGCUGGGAGGUGCUGUGUGCGUACCGCGUGCCCGAGGGGCUGCGCACCCGUCCAGAGCCCAGCGCGCCGUCCAUCGUCUCUCUCUGUGUGGUCGGUGGUGGUGGUGGUGGUCGGGGCGGCAGCAGCGACCCCGCAGCCCAGCCUGACCAGCUCUGGGCCGGCACAACGGAUGGACGUCUCCUCAUCUGGCAGAUCUACACAGGUCAGUUUGUGCGCUGCCUCCGCAGCCGCUCCAUUUCUCCCAUCCACAGUCUCACCUGUGUGCCGGCCAGCGGCUUUUGUGGAGCGAGUACCCGCAGUAGUGGCGAACCUCUAAUCUGGGCAAGUCAGGCAGAUGGCAGCGUGGUGGCUUGGAGUGCCGUCACCUACGCUGUUGUCGAGGUGCUGCCGGUCAGCUACCCGUCUCCACCACCACCGUCGUCGUCCUCCGUGGCCGAAAGCAUCGAGGGUGUCGUGUCGGUGCGCGACGCCGUCGAUCUCCUGCGUGCCACCCGCCAUCAACUCCCAAUGUCCUCUUCUCCUUCGCUUUCCGGUUCCUCGCCGUGGACGCAGAAGGGGAGCGGCUUCACGUUGUUUGUACAGCCAAUGGAGGUGGUGUGCAUGCAGCGGGCGUGGUCCGUGGCCACCGACGGCACGGUGCGCACCUGGCUCUUGCCGGCAGGCAACGCUGCUCCAGGCGGCGACGGGGAAGGCGGGAACUCUGGAGAGGCGGUGCUGGAUGCGUACACGGUGCAGUGCUUUGUGCAGGAGAAGGCCGAGGCGUGCCUGCGGGAGCGUCAGGCCCAGCACCUGGAGCGGGCCGCACAGGAGGCGCAGCUGUCCGCCCUGCGUGAGCGCAAUGAGGUCCUCGCUGCGGCGCUGCGGCAGGCGAUCGGACGACUCGAGCGGGUCGGCGCGGAGGGGUUGGUCCGCUCCGCCUCUCCCCCCGGCACCCCGCCGCCUCCCUCGCGAGAGUCGCGGAAGGGGUCGGAUGGGCGGGACACAGCGACGGAGAGGGAGGGGGAUGGCCAGAUGGACAAGAAGUCACGCCAAGACCCGGCCAAGACGGGGCAGCCACCACGUUCGUCGUCGCAGCGGUCUGCCGCCUCCUCGCGCAGCACUGCGUCCUCCGCGUCCCAGCCGUGUGGUCGUCUCGUGGCGGCCGCGACGGAGGCCGCUCCGUUAGAUGCGCUGCGGUCAUCUACACCCAUCGACAACCGCAACAGCAGCAGCGGCAGCGGCACUGACACACAGAUGCGCGUACAGGUGCUGCAGCAGCUGCUCGAUGAGCUGCACAGCAAGUUGGAGGAGAGCUGGAGCCGCAACGAUGCCCUGCGCGAGGAACUGUUGGUUUACCAGCUGCGGACACUGGAGCGGGAGGAGGAUAUGGCGCGGCGGGUGCGGGAGACGGUGAGGCGCGAGUCCGCUGUGGCUGCCGCCGAAGCAGAGGAUGGUGGUGGCCGCGAAAGGGAUGACCACAGCGUGACAGCAGCAGCUGCAGCGACAGCGUCGUCCUCAUCAUCGUCGUCGACCGCUGAUGUUUCUACCGUUACUGCUUCGACGGCGGGACGCCGUGAGAUUCGACACGGCACUCACAGCGAUCCCCGUCGCGUGCCCGCGGGAGAGCCGGCAGCAGCGGUCACCGCCACCCCCACGACGCCCGCCACGGCAGACGCAGCACCACGCGAUGCGGCACGUCGGCCGGUCAGCCCUUCCCACACCGUCGAGGCGCCCAUCGUGGAUGCGCUGGUGAGUCCGGCGACUUUGAUCGCCGCUGGAACCGCACGUAGUGUGCCGGGUUCGAAUUUUCCUGCCGCGCCUGGAGGCAGUGCGGAGGGAUACCGAGAAAGGGAGGAGGAAGGGGAAGAGGGGGAGGGGACCCCCUUCCAUGAGUCGUUCAACCCCGAGCCACGCACCACCAGCAGCGCAGCGGCCAAUCGCUUCUUCACGGCGGCCUCCGCCGCCCUGCAGCGCCGCGGUGUCCCGGAGCCGUGGGAGGGCAGGGAGCGUGAUGGGGCGGGCGGCACCCCUUGGGUGAGCAACAGACAAGGUGAGGCAUCGCCGCCGCCGCCGCUGCGGCACAUUCAAGCACCGCGUCCGCCUACGGAGGACUUGGAAAGCAGCGUCAGUGACAUCGACGUGGACGUGUACACGGACGACGACGACGAGCAACCACCGGCGCUGGUCGCUGCCUGGAGCACGAGUGAGGGGACAGGCCUCAGCCCCAUCUCGACCUCCCCCAUCACCGCACCAACCGCCCUGCUGUCAGACGAAAGCGAAAUGGAGGAGGCGCACGGCGGGCCACGCAGGCCAACGCACGCGUCCGCUCUCUUCUCCUAUCCGUACUUGCCGAACACUUCGUCCUCUGCCCACUCCAUAACGCACGAUCGCGGCACGAGCGGCAGCCGUCUCGCGCCUUCUGCCACGCACCCGGUGCGGGUGUACGGCAACGCAAGGACUCCCCCAGCGAAGGCAACGCCGCGCAUCGCUGCCGCCGAGAGAGGCCGUCCGGCUUCCUCCGCGGAUCCGUUGCCGUCGACUACGCUUCCGUCUGGCACGUCAUCCGGCCUCAGGCCUUUGCCCACGGCGCGGGUGAUACCCGUCCGCCACGCGCUUCAACCAGCGGCGCCCUCAUCACCGCGUGCGUUCCACUCUCCAAUUAUUUACCACUAUUAA